CCCCCUGGCCUCCACCGACUGCUCGCCAGGCUUCCACACCCACUUACGCACCCUCACACUAAGACAGACUGACAAGAAAGAAAAAGAACAACGCAAGACAGGGAUAUUGGCUUGUACCAGGUGCACUGACGCAAGCCAUCCAGCAACGAACUAAGGAAAAUGACAGAUCAACAAGGAAGCCCAGACCAGUUACCUGCAGAGAAGGGCCAGGGAGGAGCUGGAGCCUCAUAUAAGUUGACCGUUUUCGAGUUGGAGAACUUCCGUGGAAAGAAAGUGGAAUUAUCUGGCGAAUGUAAAGAUGUGCUGGAGAAGACACAGAAAGUUGGCUCCAUCAUUGUGGAAUCUGGACCAUGGAUUGGUUUUGAACAUCCACGUUUUGCAGGUGAGAAGUUUGUAUUGGAGAAGGGGGAGUAUCCCCGCUGGAGCACCUGGACCAACUGCCAGAGUCACUUCUGUCUGAGCUCUUUCAGGCCCCUAAAAGUGGACAGUGCAGAUCACAAGCUGCACCUGUUUGAGAACGCAGGUUUUGAAGGCAGGAAAAUGGAGAUUGUUGACGAUGAUGUUCCCAGUCUGUGGGUUUAUGGUUUCCAGGAUCGAGUUGCCAGUGCUAAGGCCAUCAACGGCACGUGGGUGGGUUACAUGUACCCGGGCUACAGAGGACGCCAGUAUGUGUUUGAGCACGGAGACUUUAAGCACUGGAAUGACUGGGGAGCCACUGCGCCUCAGAUCCAGUCUGUCCGACGUGUGAGGGACAUGCAGUGGCACAAGAGGGGGUGCUUCAUUGCCACCACUCCAAAUCCAAAUCCCAACUCUAAACCUAAACCCACUCCCAACCCCAAUCCUGUUCCUAACCCUACUCCAAAUCCCAAACCGUCUCCAAAUACCAAAUCACAAACACAGCCUUAAGCCUAAAACCACAAUUCCAGCACCUCCUUACACCUCCUGGGACAAGCCGAAGCCACUGUGAUAUGACAUUGACUCAUUACUGGCAUUUGUAAGGAUGAAAUAUGCAUUUGUGAUCACAAAUAAUAAUAAAACAAUCCCCGACUGUU